UAAAGGCGCCUGCCGCUGGCGGCGCUGGUCACGGGCUUUGGGACGCGGUGCCUGUACCCAGACGUCCGGUGUCCUUGGCUCCGGACCCCUAGAGCCUUAGCCCGAUCGCGCAGGGAGCCGACAGCACCAGCCAUCUCCGCCAGGUUCUGAUGCUGGUCUCUGGUAGAAGAUUGCUCACAGCUCUGCUGCAGGCUCAGAGGUGGUGCUGUCAGCCCUCCAGAGACAUGAGACUGGUGCAGUUUCAGACAUCCCACCUGAUGGGACCUCACCUGGGCCUGGAGUCAGGGAAUGGUGGGGGAGUCAUCAACCUCAACGCCUUUGACCCUACACUGCCCAAGACGAUGACGGAGUUCCUGGAGCAAGGAGAAACCACGCUGUCUGUGGCAAGAAGAGCGCUGGCUGCCCAGUUGCCCAUCCUGCCACGGUCAGAGGUGACCUUCCUGGCCCCAGUCACACGGCCAGACAAAGUAGUGUGUGUGGGCAUGAAUUACGUGGACCACUGUAAAGAGCAGAAUGUGCCUGUGCCUAAGGAGCCCAUCAUCUUCAGCAAGUUUGCCAGCUCCAUCGUGGGGCCCUAUGAUGAGGUGGUCCUCCCACCGGAGAGCCAGGAGGUGGACUGGGAGGUGGAGCUGGCCGUGGUGAUUGGGAAGAAAGGCAAGCACAUCAAGGCCACAGAUGCCAUGGCUCAUGUGGCCGGCUUCACUGUGGCACAUGACGUGAGUGCUCGUGACUGGCAAAUGAGACGCAAUGGAAGGCAGUGGCUGCUGGGAAAAACCUUUGACACUUUCUGCCCCCUCGGCCCUGCCUUGGUGACCAAGGACAGUGUGGCAGAUCCACACAACUUAAAGAUCUGCUGCCGAGUGAAUGGAGAGGUGGUCCAGAGCAGCAACACCAACCAGAUGGUGUUUAAGACAGAGGAGCUGAUAGCCUGGGUCUCCCAGUUCGUCACUCUUUACCCAGGGGACGUGAUUCUGACCGGAACCCCCCCGGGUGUUGGUGUGUUCAGGAAACCGCCUGUCUUUCUCAAGAAAGGUGAUGAAGUCCAGUGUGAGAUUGAAGAACUAGGGGUCAUCAUCAACAAGGUGGUAUGAAGGCUCCUACCACAAGCCCUGGACUUGCACAGGGAGAGACCCUUCAAGCCUCUUCUUCCUGGUAAGGGAGAAGAGCUGGAGUGCUUUCUCAAUAAAUGUCUCAGGCUAAAGCAGCAGCUUGGGUUCUACUACUGUGUGUUUUUUAGGGUUUGUUUCUAGGAGCCAGGUAGGAUAUUCUCACAGGGUGGAGCAAGAGAGAGCAGAUGGACAUACACAUGCACACCCCACCAACCCCAAAGAAAUUGCUGGGCUUGGGAAAAGAUGGCUCAGCCGGUCCUCUCGUUUAUCACACCAAAAGAUGGAGGAGGCAAGAGAUGACCAAACCUCAAAGAUUUUAUAGUCCAGCUAAGGGCGUGCAUCAUCCUCCCAGUCUCCAGGGCACAGCUGUGGUCUGUGGCUGAGUCUUCAGUAGGAGUGCCACCCCACAUUUCUAGUUACAAAUGAACUGCCGGAUGAACUGUUCCAGCUUUUCCUGAUUCUCUCGGAUGGCAAAGGUAGGAGACAGAUGGAGCACAGGGCCUGCAGAGCUGGGCAUCUGCUGCAGCACCUGAGCAUGGGGAAGGGCUAUGAGCACUCCCCAUAGGAGCUAAGCCCACUCCCAGAAAACUGGCAUGACAUCUCUGACCAGGCCUCAGUUCUGGGGUACAAGUGCUGCCUCUCAAACCACCCCCAGUAUUCCACCUGGGAGUAGGAGGAGCCAGUGUUUGGUGGGACAGAGGGCCAGGAAAACAAUCCUACCUUCUCUAACUACUGUCACCACAUCUAUUCUUGGGGGACACUGGAUAAAUCCCAGGGUGGGCACAGCAGGGCUCUCCUGAACAUCUAGCAGAAAGGGGAACAAGAGCAUGGGGAGACUUACCCCUAGGUCUCUAAAGGUCCAGAUUGCACUGAUGGCAAGAUUUGGGUCUGCACACUCUGGAGGAAGAGAGAGGUGAAGGCUAUAGUGAAGGCAGGCAGGCACAGGUUUCUCUCUUCCUCAUUGCAAGAACCCACCAAGACCACAGUUCAGACUGGAGCCAGAGGCCCUGGGCACUCUAGCCCUUCUUCCUGGAGUUGGACUGUCACUGUCCAGCAGGGGGCAGCAGCCAACAGCCAACCCUACAACCUGGGAGUCUGACUGGUGCUGGACACUUACCAAAGAACCCUUCUUCCUGGGCAGUGGUCUGCAGGAACUGGAACAGUUGCUCCACAUAGCCCAACUCUAUGGGAGAGAAAAGGCCUAGACCCGGGGCCGCACACAAGCCAAGCCCCUGCCCUGAGCUCAGCCUCUGCCUGAGGACAGCCAGAGAAGUGUAGGCCUUACCUGUGUCAGGGAGCUGUCCCUUGUGGAGGAAGACAGCGGCCUGUGCAAAGGCCUUGAGCAGUGGGCUGAGCAGGCGGCAGAGGAAGAGGAAGAAGUCAGGACAGCGAGACUGCUGACUAAGCUGGAGGGGCACAGGUGGGGUGAAAUCAAGUCCACUGCCUCCCUCCCCUCCCUCCCCUGGCUUCUCCCAACGUACCCUGAAAUAGCGGCCCUCAGCCUCCUCAAAGUCAUCACUGUCGCUAUCAGUAAAAUCCCCACUUGGUUUCCACAGCAGCUUUGCACUCAAACGCUGUCGCCCUGUGUCACAGGCUGGCCGGGAGCCUGGGGUCUGGGGGCCAUGGGAGCCAUUAAUCCCUGUCAGGCUGGCCCAUGUUCAGCCCUGAGCACCCCCAGACCAAGCACAUGGCAGACCAAGGCACACCUGACCAUGACACCUGCUGAGCCAAUUUGCAGAGUUAAAGGAAGUGAACACCCACCCUCAAGGGUCACAGCCCUAUGGGUAAGUGGGAGGCAGGGGCAGCAGGUGUGCAGAGAAGCUCAGACACACAUUUAUCCAGUCCUGCCAUGUGUACAGGAGUGGACAGAUGUGGCCUAUCACUUGGGAUGGGAGGCCGAAAGUGUCUAGGCCCCAGGCAGGGGCUCUGUCUCCAGCUGUCCCGCCUACCUCCUCAGCAACCAGGAGCCCACACUGGAUAAGACGGUCUAGCACCUCUUGACAGUAGCAGUAGGAAGACUGGCAGGGCUGGGAAUAAAAAUCAUCCAAGUGGCUUCAACAGAGUCAGGCCAUGGGGGCAGAUGGAGCCCUACCUACAGCCAUGAGGGGGAGAUCCAGGACAGAGCCAGGCUGGUGGGAAAGUCCUGACCUGCAGCAGCAGCAGGUCCUGGGGCAGCAAGUGCAGCAACAGCAGGAUCUGACGGUACAGCUCAUUCUGGCUCAGCAGCUCGAUGCCCUGCAGCUCCCAGGGCCCCUCAGGCGGCACUCUGCCUGCCAGCAGCCCUCUCACAGCACAGGCUGGGGAUAGGGCACAGAUAAGAAAGGCAGCCAUUCCCCUCAACCCUGCAUGCACCCCACCCUCCCUGAGGCUUGGGGACUCACCGCCCACCGCCUCACUCAGGAAGGCAGGCAGCAGCUCAGCACUCAGACGCGCCAGGUGCAUGAGACCUGGGCCAUGCCUUGGAACCACCACCAAGUCCCCCUGGUGGACACGUAGCAGGGCCACAUGUGUCCGCAGCAGGCUCAGCGUGUGCUGCACCAGGCAACGCAGCUGCCCUGAGAAGCCCACAUCAAAGCCACGCAGCAGUGUCUCUUCCGUCAGCCAGGAGAACUCCCCCAGGAGCUGCGACAGGAACACACCCUGGGAGGGCAGUGGGGAGAGUGAGCAUGAGGGCCACCCUUUGCCCUUGCCCCCCACCACACUGUGCCUACCUUCUGGUGCCUGAACAGCAGCAGCGUUGCCAUGAUGGCUGUGCUCAUCACUGCCGAGCUCAUGACACUGGCUGGGGCCGGGAUCGAGGAACACUGCUUGGGCCUUGCAGCACCCGGCAAGUUUUCCCAGACAAGAACACUCCCCACUGCC